AUCGUUGUCUAUUGUGUAACGAUAAAUGUCAUGAGUUUUUUGUGGAUUUAUGUGAUGUUUUUUUAUUAAUCUUAUUUUCCAUUUUUUCUGUAAAGUUGGUAGGGCGUAUUGUGUAAGUGUGAGUGUGUCUAUGGAGCUCUAAAAGCAGGAGGAGGUAAGAAGCUUUGAGUGGCAGGCGGUCCUAUGGAAGUGCUCGCCUAGAGAGGCCGGCCCCUCGCAGGAUUAACUGGGAUAGAAAAGGAUUACAAUCUGAGUUUCCAGAGACAUUUUAUAGUAAAAUAACAUGCAUGUUGUCAGGCCAGAAGCAGAAGAUCAUCUUAAUAUAAAGCUAAACUGACAAGAUGCUCCACAGCUACCUGGUCUAAACGCAGGAUGAAGAAGCCUCAGUGUGGUUUGGAGGAAAACAGUGGCAGGAGUGUAAGAAGGAUUGCAGUGAUCUGAUGAACAGAGAAAUUUGUCCUGCGGCAAUCAAUGGAGGAGGAUCCCGUGAUGCAACCUGGACAUGAUGACAAUGAUGUAGGUUUGGCUCAGAUCUUGACAGAAGUGGUAGAGGAAGUGAGACUGUCCAUAGACAGAGACAUUAACGGUGCCGAUCUUCUGUACAGUCUCCUUAGUGCUCCUUGGCUUUACUCUCUUCUCAGGGUAUAUGAGUGUCUGGUGCAGCACAGUGGAGAUGCCCCAAACCCAUACCUGUCUUAUUCCUCGAGACUAUCUCAGGAGAUUAUGGCCAGUGUGCGAGGACUGGCUGCUCCCUCCUCUGAAGCACAAGAACUUUAUAUUCUGCUGAAAUGCCCUCAUAUGCAGGCUUUGCUCUCUGCUCAUGAUUCUGUGGCCCAGAGGGACUACGGUCCAGUGCUGCCGCCUCUUCCUGACAAACUGCCUGACAAUGAAGAGGCCAUAAGGAUUGUUUGCCUUGUGAAGAAUAAACAGCCUCUGUGUGUCAAAGAGGGGAAGCCCAGUUACUGGAACAGCCUUAGGCGACUCACAGUGGAGAAACUGGCUUUAGCCAGGCGUUUUGGCUCAGGGGAACAGAGUCUUCUGGGGUCUGCAGGCGUUCUGUCAUCUUCCACUGGUCUGCUGUCCUCAGAACAGCCACACUCACUGCCCAGGUAUCAGUCUACUGCGAGCUGCAACCUGGGCUGCCAAACUGCCCAUCUCACGGGAGGAAGUCUGAACCUCUCAGCUCCGACUGUUUAUGACUCUGUGGUUAUGGAGAACUGUGCCGGUGGUGUAAAAACCAUAAUCGAAGAUCAACACCGUACAUGCACAGCUUGCAGCACCUCAUCUCUAGCCUACCCACGCUCAUACUGCCCUCGUGGAUGUGGCCCCCAUUCCCAGACAGCCCCCUCCAGCCCUCUGCUUCAACGGCACCACACUAUAGGUGCCACCUGCUCUUCUCAUCCAGCUCUGGUGUUCACGAAGCAACACAGCCUGGAUGAGCUGAGGUCAGCUGUCCAUACCGUUGCCAGUAGUAUGGACCAGAGCAUCAGCGAAGCUCAAGAUCUCAGGCAGAAGAUGGUAGAGGUAACAGAGAGAAUGACGGACAGUGUGGAGGAAAACGCCAAGGCAUUGAGUCUGUUGGUGGAAGUGGUGGACAAACUGCAGGGUCUUAUUAUUGCCAGCAAGUCUCCAGAAGUGACUUGCAGACCCCAACACGUCUCAAAAACGGCAAACGGGCCCAACUUGCCUGGCCAGCUGAUUGCACCAGCCAACGCUCCUUGUGUUUCAUCCUCCUCCUCAUCAUCUUCAUCCUCAACUGCAUCGCCGUUUUCCUCCUUUUCUCUAAACUGUAACACGAAUGUUCCUUAUGUAGCACCACACUGCAACCCCUGCAAGUCUUCAUCAUGCCAGACCGGAAACAGGUCUGUAACACCAGGAAGUAAAACUGGACAGACUUCCCUAUCAAAUGGUUUGACGGCCUCCAUUCCUAAUGAUGACUGUAAUACAAUACUGUGCCUCUCUAGCAAGAAGAAAAAGUCAAAGAUGAGGAAAUAAGAGUGACUGUGUUCCCACUUCUCUCUCUUCACUUUACUCUUUGCUGAAAUUGCUGGUUUUGAUUUUACCGAAUGCUGCGAUGUUCUCUACAAUGGAACUAUCCAACAAGCAGGCAAUUACUUGUUCUUUUUCUUUAUUGUAUCUCUUGUUCAUCCCAACCACACUCAAGAUUCAUGGAACAUUUCAUUUGAUUGCUGCUUGUCAACAUUGUUCAAAAGUAAAACGUUUCCUUGCAUUCAAAUAAAAACACUUCAUUCAACAUUCUACAUUCUUCAUCUGAAGCUCCUUUCAUCAACCCUAUGUGUCUUUCCCAUAAGUUCCUCUUUGACCUUUGUCACACUUUUAGUUUAGGUCAAGUCAGGCAUGUUGACUGGAUUUCACAAUAUUAUUACCACAGUUUCCGCCCUCCUAAAAAUUUCAUCAAAACGUGAUCUCCAUUGCACCCACAGCCUCCCUCCACUCAUGUGCAGCAGUAAGAUCGUCUGUGGGACUUACCAUGUUACGCCUGUUGUAAUGGACAACCAACUAGUUGACCAUUUUUGUCUGUUUUCCCAUUUUCAGGAGGCAACUAUUAGGAAGAAUGAAAAAACAGGGAAUAUUUUUAUUUCAAGGGUGAUACAUGGAGGAC